AUGGAUGAGUGGAUCUUCGAGGGGCCCGACGACAUUCACGGCCUCCCUGGAGAGAGGAUAGCUAUCGCCGCCGACGACGCGGUCGGGCAAAGCGAUGCGGAAAAAGACGGAGCAUCAUUGCGGGCGGGCUUCCAGGCGCUUCCGGCCCCAGGCAUCCCUGUCGCCUCCCGCAAGCGUUCGCGCGAGGACAGCGCCGCGGGCGCGCACUUGGACCCCCUGGCCGCCGGCGCCGCGGCCACGGCGUUGUGGUCCCCUACCAACCUGCACAGAAAGGGGACGGGCGCGCCGAUGCCCUUCAAGUCCCCCAACAGGGCCCUCGGCAUGAGCCCCGGCACGAGGUCGCUCCUCCCUCCGAACGACGCGCGCCUCCUGGUCUCUCCGGAGCGCGAGGGCUCGUUGCUGUCCCUCAUGACGGGCGGGCCGCACGCCACCCCGCGCUCGCACCACCGCGUCCCCGGGGCCGCCGGCGCGGGGCGGCCGCCGCCGGCCAGGCUUCGGCGAGGAGCCCGCCCCCGGCGCGCCCGCGCAGCCGCAUGGCGCCGCCGCGGCCCCCUCGAGCCUGCCAACGUCCACGGUGGAGGUUGGCAAGGUGGCCGCCCUCGGGCGGCAGAUCGCCGCGCGGCGGGGCGUCGCGUCGCCCGGGUCGCGCGACGCGAGCGGGCUGAGCAACGGCGGGACGUCGUGGACGGUUCCGGGCGAGGACGGCGCCGCGACGCCGCGCGCGGUCGGCGCCAGCACGGACGUGUGCGGCCGACGGCUGCACAUCUUCUCCAAGGACCGGCGGUUCAGCACGCCCGGGGAGUCGAACCUGUUCCUGAUGGGGCGGGCCGGCACGGCGCCGGAGCCGCUGCGCGCGGCGCCCGCGGCGCGGACACUGGGCGCUGCGUCGGCGCCGCAGUCGGCGCAGGCGCACCCUCCCGGGACUGCGCAGGGGGUGCUGCGCGUGACGCCGAGGUUCACGGGGUCCUUGGAGGGCGGGUUCCGCGUCGUCGUGCGCCAGCGGGGGCCGAUGGACCACUGACGUGCAGCUGUGCGCAUGCCAUGCCACCUGCUCUUCAUGUCCCGCCGCAUGCUUUGGUGCCGCAGCCGCCGGGCUCGGACCGCGAUUGA